CCGCACCCGCACCCGCACGCCUUCGCUUUCGCCGCCGCCGCAGCGGCUGCGCCCUGCCAGCUGUCGGUGCCCCCAGGCCGUGCCACCGCGCCUCCACCGGGACCCCCGACGGCGUCGGUGUUCGCUAGCCCGGCCUCUGCGGCGGCUCCUGCGCCUGUCCCGGGCACUGGACCGGGCCCGGGCCCCGCGGGCCUGCCGGCCUUCCUGGGCGCGGAGCUCGGCUGUGCCAAAGCGUUCUAUCCCGCGUCACUGAGCCCUCCCGCAGCGGGCGCCACGGCCGGUCUGUCUACCGCACUCCUGCGCCAGGGCCUCAAGACAGACGUGGGCGGCGGUGCGAGCGGUGGGGGCACCGGGGCCGGGCAGAGGCCUUCCUUCUCGAUAGACCACAUUAUGGGCCACGGUGGCGGCGGGGCAGCACCCCAGGGCGGCAGCGAAGGCUCCCCAGGAUCACCGUUCGCAGCGGCCGCAGGCCCUGGGGGUCAAGCCCAGGUAUUGGCCAUGCUGACUGCUCCAGCGCUGGCUCCAGUGGCCGGCCACAUUCGCCUAUCGCACCCUGGGGACGCACUCCUGUCCUCUGGGCCCCCGUUUGCCAGCAAAGUCGCCGGCCUCAGUGGCUGCCACUUCUGACCGAGGCAGGCCUAGGACCGGUUAGGCCAGCACUCCUCAGCCUCUCUCCGGGAGCUCCUGCGGUCCCAGCGGAUCUCAGGGAGUCUAUUUAUGAAGAGUCUCCAGACCUCGGGAGGCGCGAGGCCCCACGCUCCGAAUCUCUCCGAGAGUUGGGAAGAAGCGGGCUCCAUCGCUCUGAGAGGAAUCCAGGCUAUAAGUGACCAGGCCGAAAGCAAAGAACCCCGUCCCAG